GUGAAUGAAGCUGUGAUCAGCGCAGAGCUGUGGGCUGUGAGUUGAGCGGAGAUCAGUCAGUCGGUCCUCUUCACUUUUACAGCUCCGAGUCCAGAAGUUUGGAGGUGCUUUCAGCGGGAAUCCAGCAGGAUGGGGAUCAGGAAGAAGAGCAACAAGAACCCGCCGGUUCUGAGCCACGAGUUCGUGAUACAGAACCACGCAGACAUAGUGUCCUGUGUGGCCAUGCUGUUCCUGCUGGGGCUGAUGUUCGAGAUCACAUCAAAAAUUGCAGUGUUGUUCAUAACGGUCCAGUACAACGUCACAGUAACAGCUAACGAAGGCCCAGAGGAAACAACUAUCAAUUACUUUCAGCACGGGCUGAAGGAUGUGGCUACCGUCUUCUUCUACAUGCUGGUGGCUAUUAUUAUGCACGCCAUUAUUCAGGAGUACAUUCUUGAUAAAAUUAACAGGAAGAUGCACUUCUCCAAGACCAAACACAGCAAGUUUAAUGAGUCCGGCCAGCUGAGUGCUUUUUACCUCUUCUCAUGUGCGUGGGGAGCCAGCAUUCUCGUCUCUGAGCAUAUCCUGUCCAACCCGGUCAGCCUCUGGGAAGGCUACCCCCACACCCUGAUGCCGUUCCAGAUGAAGUUCUACUACAUCUGUCAGCUGGGCUACUGGCUCCACGCUAUUCCUGAACUCUACUUCCAGAAGAUCAAGAAGGAGGACAUGCCCCGUCAGCUGGUUUAUAUCAGCCUGUACCUGGUCCAUAUUGCGGGAGCUUACAUCCUAAAUCUGAACCGUCUGGGUCUGGUGCUGCUGGUGCUGCAUUACUUCGUUGAGCUUCUCUUCCACGUCUCGCGGAUCAUUUAUUUCAGCAACGAGGAGAGACAGACCGGGUUCAGUGUGUGGGCUGUACUCUUCGUGCUGGCUCGGUUGUUGACCCUGUCUCUGUCUGUGCUGACUGUGGGCUUUGGUCUGGCUGGAGCUGAACAACAGGGGCUCAACCUCAGCGAGGGAAACUUCAACGUGCUCUUUGUCAGGGUGACUGUGCUAGCUGCUAUCUGCACCACUCAGGCCUUCAUGAUGUGGAAAUUCAUCAACUUUCAGCUACGCCGGUGGAGAGAGCAUGCUCAGACCGUUUCCUUAAAGAAGAAGUCUGUCUCUGCAAAGGGGAAGUCUAAGAAAGCUAACGGCGUGAAUGGAUCCCUCAGCACCAAUGGAGCAGGUUCCCCGAGAGCGAAGAAGGAGAAAUCAUCCUAAGUUACCCCUGAUAUCCAUUCCCUGCUUACCCAGCCCAUUUAUGGAUCAUUCCCCAGCCCAGUGCUCCUCUCAGCUGCUCCAGGAGAGCCCCUGCACUGCAGGUUUGAUUUUUCCUGCUGUAGAAGACCCCCAUUCAACUCCUCAGCUAAUUCACCGUGGCUUCACAAGGCGAGGCGGGCAGGAAAAAGAGGAAAUGUGCAUUGCAUAGGCUCCGUAUGUCUGGAACAGACCCCUGAGCAGCUCUUGUGUAUCUUAAGAGAUGUACAUGACUGGGUAGUUGCUGCCCUGUCCUUUACUGUAGUGCACCAACAUCGCUGAAAUGUCUACAGCCGCAAGAAGCGUAAGGGAAGAGGGCAUGAGCUGUUCGCUUUUUGUUUUGUUUGUUUUCGUUUUUGGAUAUUUGCUUUUGAGUUUUUAUUUUUUUGUUAUUUUUUGUUUUGUUAUUUUUUUCCCUCCCAGACUGAAAGGGUCCAAGUGCUGCAUGCUUCUGUACGCUUGAAGCUUUGUCCUACAUUUCCCAACAUGCAUCACAAUUUUGUGGUUCAGCUGUGCCUCAGUCGGGUUCAGCUGGAAAGGUGAAUAAACUAAGUGCCUAACUCGACCAAAAUCUGUACAGAACAUUGAUCUUUCUGUGUUUAAAGCAGGUAUGGAAUAGGAACAAACAAUGAUACAUAAAGAUCCAGGUUCUCAAAGCCAACUGUGUGUGCGUGUGUUUUGGUAAUUCAGUGUUUAGCAGCAGCAGUUAUUUUGCUUAAUUUGUGUCCUUAUUGUACAAAAGUGGUGUUAUAAACAUUCGGUUAUUAUUGGAUUAUGUUUUGCACUGCAGUGCUUUGCUGCUCUACUGCCUGAACCCUUUUGUCCUAAUCGAGAAAUUUAUGAUAAAUAAUCAUUUAUAUUUCUUUUCUUUUUCUCCCCUGUGGUCUAAUCCAUCCUGCCACUCAUAGCUUGUGUUUUUAUAAACCUGGCUCAUAAUUUUCUUAAGAAUUUAUUUUGUUCUAAGAAAAACAAUAAACGGUGGAAGAAGAGAGAAUCAAAA